AUGUCGCAAGCACCUACCCUCAUCAAUCUUCCUCCUCCUCCUUCUGACCCGGUCACUCCUUCCGACGCUCCGGGCACGCCAAACUCUACCACGACAUCCAUGUCGGAGCUUUCCACCGUAGCUAUCAAAGAUGGCCACCGUGGUCACUUUCCUCACCACCAGAACCCUCAGGAUGCCGAGCGCGCUGACCGCAUUUCGCGCCUGGCCGGCCUGGAGCGCGUCGCAACAACCAGGCAAGCCAACAUCAUUGCUCAAGGCCAAGGCCUGUCCUCGACCCCGGCAUACUUUGAUCAGAAUGCGCAACCCCAAAUAUUCCGUGAAAGGAGCACUGUCGGCAGUGCUUCGGCCACCGGCAGCGUUGGUGGUCGUACGACAUGGGCUAGCGGUUCCAUCGAUGGCGACAAGAUGAGCGAGGAUCAGGACAUGGAAACUUCCAGCACAGGAGGCUUCAGUGAUGAGGCUGCGAGUCUAGUUGGUUUUGGCGAGGGAGCGCGUACACCAGCACGGCAACAGAGUCAUAUCGGAAGCCCGGUCGUUGGCAAAGCAAGCGCUGUCCCGCAAUAUCUCCGUGGCGAGCAAGCGCCGCCGAGCCCGAUGACUGGUGUAAGUAUCAGCAGUGGGGUGUCUACGCAGACGAACCAAGCCAUCGAUGCAGAGAUGCAAGACUCGAAUACUGAGGACCGAGGAGGACUUUCGAGUGUGGAGGCUGCAAAGAGCAUUAUGCGCGACCGCAUCACCAGGAACGAAGACGUCGGACAGGGCCAUACCAUGGUUGGUAACGAAGAUACCAGAUCGUAG